AUGCUCGUUGGACGACCAGUUGGUGACCGUGUCAAACGGUGGCGAGACCGAUGGCUAGAACAGUCGCCGCGGCCCAUAUCCGUCCAACUUGCGCCCAGCGACACCGUUCUCGACUGGGACGCAGUGCCCCAUAUCCUCGACAGUGUCAUUUCGUAUGCGUCCACAGACACACUGAUGACCUUUCGUCGUGUCUCGCGCUAUACACGGCACAAGGCAGACGGGAUCCUCUUUGAUCAUAUUCACCUGCGAUACCGGUCUGACCGUGACGUCAAACUCGGCCUCAGCCGCGUGCAUAAUCGACAGCUGGCGGUCAACUUGGGGUUGGACGAUACACCACUGCUGCCACAGGUUUACAACACUGGAUCUCGCUACGAUACGCGUGCGCAAUGGAAGACUAGGGGUCUGUUUCGACCAGACGACUCGGCGCGGCCGAACCAAUCCAUGGUGCCCUUCACCAACUGUCGCGUCAUCGACAUCGAUGGCGGGUUUAUCAGCCAUUCCAGCGCACCCCUUUUGGAUACACUGUAUAUCAUAUGGUGCGCGUGGAACAGCACAAUCGAUUGGCAACCGCAACAGUCUCCUACUCUUCAACCACCUCCCGUCGUCGGUGUUCACGGUCCAGCAAAGGGUACCGUCCGCCUCUUUCCCGACUCCAAUGGAAUCUUGACCGCUUUCCGGGUGAACUGGCUACCCAUCGCCGUCAGCGUGGCUUUUGCUGCUCCAAAGAGCAAAACGUAUCGGUUCAAACCGGGGUUGGGCAACAGCGGUAUAGGCGAUUGCACGCCAAUCUGCGGCCGCUGUGUGCAGCAUAUAGUCGAUGGAGCAGUACCGUUCCCGCCAAACCGCUAUGCCUGGUCGCCGUCGUGGGGCAAAUGUACCCGGGCACGCCCACGCCAGCCUUCCGUCAACGUCUAUGUCGUGUGGACAGACACCACACCGAACACCCGCAGGAAGAGGAACUCGCGGUCCGACGACCAUGACCUCGUCAGCAGCAUCUUCAUGGCUAUUGCGCCGUUCGGGGCACAGUACAACCAAGGAGAUGGAUCGAUGCUUGGCCAACCGGGCACAGCUUGGGUCGUCUUCCCCCAGCUGCGGGGUGACGCAUUCAUGGCCCACCAGGAGAGCUUGACGAACAAGAUGCGUCAGUACCUGUCCGACCAGGUCGAUCUCGAGAAAUCAGGCGCGACGGUUGAUCAAGUGCUGGAGAGACUAGAGUAUCUCACAGUACAGGGCUAUGCUGCACGCGUUGGACGGCAGGCGGCGUCGUUGGAGCUUGGAGAGGAUAAGAUUGGGGACCUGGGUUUGGGUGGGUGGCCCAGCUGA